CCUAGUUGUCGCGUCGUUUCCUCUUCCUGGAUCGGGCAGGAAUGGGCCACCCGACUGGUCAGGUCCUAGAUGGAUGAGAAGCUCCGGAUGGAGGCCAUGAUGGUCGCCGCCCGGAAGGAUGCAAAGGCAGCCCGGUUGGCGCUCGAGAAAAUGAAGGAGAAGUUGGUCGAACAGGCUGAAGCUUAUCGGGGUCUCUUUGCCAAGCACGAGGGCUUGCUCAAGUCUGCCAAAGGGUCGGAUGAGCGAGCUAAGCGGAAGAUCGCCGAGUUGGCGGAGAAGGCCGGGCAGACGGGCCAGCUAGAGGAGGAGAAUGCCCAGCUAAGGGCUGACCUGGAGAGGGAGAAUGGCAUUGUUGGAUUAUGGAAUCCAUGGGUAGAGGAAGAAAAGAAAAUUUGUAGAGAAGAUGAUGAAUAGUAUUGGUGUUAAGCCCCUCCUCCACCUUCCCCUCCUCUUCCAAGAAGAGGAGUAUAAAUAAAGAGAGUUAGGGCUAGGGUUUCGAACUAAUAGGCCGGCGCAACAGACUGCGCUGCCCUUAAAUAAAUAAUAAACAUAUGACUAACGGGUUAGUCCAACAGACUGGACCGUCCCGACUAAUAUUAUACAAAGACCGGAUACCCCUGUCCAGGGUAUUCAUCAUGAGUCCCCUACUUCCUCGGCCGAGUGUAUCGAGGUCGAGGGAAGUAAUCCAAUGAUGUUUGGGGAUUUGAAUUUUGAAAAAUUUUGGCCGUGUGUAGGAGUCCCCCACUUCCCGAGUCGAGAGGAACUCGAGGUGAAGUGGGAGUAGAAAAACAAUCCACCACGGAAGGGCACUGUCUUCCUUGUUGUCUAAAGUGUACAAUCACCAUAAGAGUGGAUGAAUCAGUCGUCAUUUACAGUCCGUUUGUCGCCUUCAAACAUCCUCCCACAAUCCCGUCAAUGUGUGACCCACUCCACGGAUGAUGCCUCAUUAAAAACUUGCCGGGGAAAAACCCCAUGAGGAUGGGAAAAAAUCCUCGGUCAAGAAAAGAGUACAUCUUGUCCCACAGAGUGGAUCAAGAAAACAUUGCUAGGGUGUGAGGUCUUCUGUGUGAAUCUCAAAAGAGGUGAUCUUCAAGUCCCCCGGACUCGUUGUCCGUAGUCGAGGGCUGUUCGACAUAAUGAAUUGACGACGAGUGCAAGUGCACGCGUACUGUUACAAUCUGAUACAAGGUCAGGAUGUCGAUCACGAAGCUCUCUUGUAAUAAUUACGAACCGAGCACCCGGAGUCCCCCACUCCCUAAGCCGAGGAAGAGUUCCGAGGUGAAGGGGAGUAGUGUCCAUGCUCGACGUUGACGGCAGUCUAUGGCUGCCUCACGAGCUUGAAUGGAUGAGGCCGAGCUUGAAUGGCUGCGGGCAAGCUUGAGUGUCUGGGCCGAGCUCAAGUGGUUGAGGCCGAGCUUGAAUGGAAAGGGUCGAGCUUGAGUGCCUAGGGCCGAGCUUGAGCGGCUGAGGCUCGAGCUUGAGUGCCUGGGGCCGAGCUUGAGCGGCUCACGCGGUGGCUGAGGCCGAGCCUGGCCUUCUCAUCCUUCUAACCUGCAAAAUAAGUUCAAAAAAGAAUAAAGGCGCUCGCGGGCUCAGGCAGACCAUUCACCACGCGGCCGAGAAAAGUAAGUCAACAUAUGAGUUGAUUCCUGAUAAGUCGUUUUUGGGUUAGUACUUUUUAUUUAAUUUUAGGCAUUUUUAAUAUUUUUAGUCUUUAAUUUUUAGUUGUUUUAGCUUAGUUUUAUUUUAAUUCUUAUUUUUAAAUUCUUUUUAUUUUCUUUCAAAAAUAUUAGCUUUUUAAUCAUUUUUACAUUAUAUUAUUUUUAUUUUAUUUUUCCUAACCCAAAUUAUCAGAUAUCUUAUUUUUGGAGAAAUUGCAGCAAAAGGCGGAAUUGAAGCUCAAGUUUGAAAAGAAGUGAUUAAAUUUGGGCCGGAGCCCAAACCCAACAUUAAUGAAAUUAGCCCAGCCUCCUCUCUUCAUUCCAAUUCAACGCAAGAGGGAAAAUGAAGUCUCUGUUUCCUUCAAACGAGCGAAAUCAAUGAGCAGCGUAGACCAAACCCAAGACGCUCCAACGUCUCUCCUUCUUUUCCGCUCCUCACUCAAUGCAGCAACGGAAAGAAAUUCUCAACGGGAAGAAAGGCUCGGACUAUAAAUUGGAGCAGCGCAAGACACAAGAAAGGGGGGAAACAGCG